AAUCAAGCGGUCAUCACAGUGUAUUUGGACUCGAAAGCUUGUGGAUCCAUAACAAUAUGAAGUUAUUUGGAUUACUGUUGUGUGUUUUGGCAGUGGUUCAAUGUACUCCAGUAGUACAAGAGGAGUCAGUGUUACGUACGGUGGCGACCAAUUUUGUGAAUUGCGUGAACAGUGACCUAAGUUUGUGUUUGAAGGAACAUGCUUUGAAGGCGACUGAACGAUUGGGGACGCUUCGCAAAUUGAAGCUCUUCGAAGGUGUCACCAUUUUCAAUACCAGUCCCAAAGAAGCCAGGAGUCUCGAUGUCCUUCCCACUGAACCAGGUCUACGAGAGAAAGAAGUUACAAGAAGACUUUGGGAGAAUACAAAUGAUAUAUUUCAGCGAAGCGAAUUGGAAUUAUGUUAUUCGACUGAGUCUGAUGAAGAAGAGGAAUCACGGGCUGUCAAAGAUGUUGAAGAAGGUCGUGGUAAGAAGAAGGAAGCUAAAAAGAAGUUGAGAUUGCUAAUUCCCCUGCUGUUGCUCGCUAAAGCAAAGGCUGUGGCUAUAAUCACCUUGUCUCUUGUUGUGAUGGCUGCUUCCCUUUACAAAUUGGCAGUCAUGGCCAAGAUUGCUUUCAUUGUCAAAGCCAUCGCCAUCCUCAAAGCACUUCUGCACAAGAAGCACCAUGAAGAAGAACACGGAUGGGUACCUCAUGUGGAGGAACACCAUGGGCACGAAGGCUGGGAUGGAGGCUGGUCGCGUUCCAAGAAUGAUGGCUCCAGUCUGGCAUAUUCUCAUUAUCAAAAGUAAAUUUACCAAAAAUUUACCCGGAUUACUUGGACCUCACAAUUUUCAUGUGUAUGUGUGUUGUAUGAUUGGGUUUUAAUUUUAUUUCUUAUAUUCCUUUUUUCUUUUCGGUCAUUUUACAUUCUUAUGGUUUUCUCUAUUGAAAAUAAGUCAAUUUGACUGAAAAGGAAAUAUCAAAAGGUUAGAUAGUUGUAUCAAAAAUUGUAUGUAUGAUUGUAUGAUCAGUGUAUAUAAGUAUUUUAUUUAGACAUAUAAUUGGAAAUAUAUUAAAGACAAGGCUGAAUAUAUGUAUGUAUGUAAUGAUAAUUAUUUGAAUUAUAUUUUUUAUUUUAUUUUUUUAUUUAUUAUAUUUUAAGUGCCAAAUAUUUCUUUUUUCAUAAUAUUUAUACAAGUUUGAGUUAUGUAAGUAUUUAUUUAUUGUAAGUAUUAUAAGUGCUUUUGUAAUUAUUAUAAAUUUAUUUAGUAUUGUUGUAUUACAGAUUGAUCUCUAUUGUCUAUCUAUGUAUUUCAAUUAAGUCUUUGUGAAUGUUUUUCUAUUAUUUAUCACAAUUUUCUCAGUAUCGUGUAUCACGAAACUUGUAUGUAUUUGAUGUGUAAAUGUGUGUGUGUGCGAAUGAGAUUAUUUAUAUUAUUGUAUUGCAAGUAUUAAGUUAUUUAUUAUUGUAUAAUUAAGACUUAAACCAAACAGCAUUUAAUAGCAAUUAUUGUUAUCAUUUUGUUAUCUAAUUUACUUAACAAUUAUAUUUAAAAUAAAACAAAAAUAU